AGAAAAACCAAAGAAACACAACAGUUUAUAAAAAUAUAAAACAAGAGAGAAUAGCUAUUUACAAUAUUUUUGAUUAAAUUUGAGCCCGGAACAUAAGAGAACACCAAAAUGUCUUCCAUGGCUGCAUUUGAUCAGUUCAAAAUUGGACUCAAAAUGGUGGACUUUAAAGUGCAACAGCGUCGCUAUAGGACCAGCGAAAAGACAGUCGUUAGCACCACCUAUGGACCCAUCAAGGGGGUCAAACGAAAGUCCAUCUAUGGCCAGCCAUAUUUCAGCUUCGAGCGCAUACCCUUUGCCAAACCACCACUGGGCGAGCUCCGCUAUAGGGCACCACAGCCGCCAGAGAUCUGGACAGAGGUGCGCAGCUGUACAUCACAGGGGCCAAAGCCAUUGCAGAAACAUUUUGUAUUCGAUAUGACAGACGGUUCCGAGGACUGCCUGUACCUCAAUGUCUACACAAAGAAUUUAUAUCCCACCAAACCCAUGCCAGUGAUGGUCUGGAUCUAUGGAGGCGGCUUUCAAUUUGGAGAAGCCUCACGCGAGUGCUACAGUCCCGACUACUUGCUGCGCGAAGAUGUGGUCGUGAUAUCCAUCAACUAUCGACUGGGUCCUUUAGGUUUCCUUUGCUUAGAUGAUCCUGAGCUGGAUGUACCCGGCAAUGCGGGGCUGAAAGAUCAGGUGCUGGCCCUCCGUUGGGUCAAGGCCAAUUGUUCUCGUUUCGGCGGAGAUUCUGGGAACAUAACUAUUUUUGGUGAUAGCGCUGGCAGCGCCUCCGUGCACUACAUGAUGAUCACAGAGCAGACACGCGGUCUCUUCCACAAGGCCAUCUGCAUGUCAGGCAACACACUCUCCCCCUGGGCGGUGACGCCACAGAGGAAUUGGCCAUAUCGUCUUGCCGUCCAGGCGGGCUACACGGGUGAGAAUAACACCCGCGAUGUCUGGGAGUUUCUCAGCAAUGCCAAGGGCUCGGACAUAAUCAAAGCCAACGGCGAUCUAAGCAUCGAGGCGGAGAAAAAGGAACGUAUUGGUUUCUCCUUUGGACCCGUCAUCGAACCCUUUGUCACGAGUCAUUGUGUGGUGCCGAAGAAACCCAUUGAAAUGAUGCGCACCGCCUGGAGCAACAGUAUACCCCUCAUCCUGGGUGGCGUCUCCAAUGAGGGUCUACUCCUGUAUUCGGAGACCAAAGCCAAACCCAAUUGCCUGAAUGAGUUGGAUGAUUGCCGGUUUGUGGUGCCCAUAGAACUGAACAUGGAUCGAGAGAGCGCUCUAUGCAAAGACUAUGGCGAACAGUUGAGGGAGUGCUACUAUGGCGAUAAAAUGCCAAGUCUGGACACACUCCACGAGUACCUACAGAUGGUCUCCCAUGAGUACUUCUGGUUCCCCAUUUAUCGCACAGUAUUGUCUCGCCUGGAGUAUGCCAGGAGUGCACCCACCUAUUUGUAUCGCUUCGAUUUUGAUUCGAAGCACUUCAAUCACCUGCGCAUCCUUAGUUGUGGCAAGAAGGUUCGAGGCACCUGCCACGGCGACGAUCUCUCCUAUCUCUUUUACAAUUCACUGGCCCGCAAACUGAAGAUCCAUACGCGGGAAUACAAGUGCAUUGAGCGCCUGGUGGGUUUGUGGACCCACUUCGCGGCCUAUGGUAAUCCCAAUUUUGAUCCGGAUCAGUCGGAACUGUGGCAGCCAGUGUCCGCGGCGUCCGUCGAGAAACAUCAGCUAAAGUGCCUUAAUAUAUCCGAUGAGCUGAAAAUAAUCGAUGUGCCCGAUCUGCGUAAGCUGAUGGUCUGGGAGAGUUUCUUUAGGCGCGACGAACUGCUUUGAGGUGGGAGGAAAAACGAUUGCGAUUGCGACCUGCGACUUGCGAUUGGUAUGGAAUGGAAUGUGUGGAGUAUCUCCACUUAGAUGUAGAUCUGUAGCUUUAUCUGUACGAUUCUAACAGCUUUAUGUUCGAAAGCCUCUGUUCAAAACAAUGCAAAAGCGUAGCUUUAGGCCUAAACAAAAAUGAAACACCCCCCUCUACUGUUGUUAAGUUUUUGCCAAUAUCGAAAGAUUCUAUUUAAGUGUGUUAAAGUUUUAGCAGCUUCUACAUGUAUCUGUGUAUAUCUAUCUGGAAUAGGUCUGAACUAUAUCGGGAAGCGUAAUGUAAGCCAGGCAGUAGUUAUGAUUAUGAAACACAAGUCGCAACUGAAGUACCUUCUAUGAGAAACUACAAAAAAAAAAAAACACAAAAACAAAAGAGUAAACAAA